AUGAUGGCGAUAGACGAAUCAACACAACAGAUACUGAGAAAAUGUUCACAUUUUAAAAUUCGUGAUUAUCAUAAUCAUACAAAAAAUUCAAUUAAUGAAUUAGAACAACUUGUUUCACGAUUGGAAAGUGAAAAAACAGUCUUUUAUCAUUCAUUAGAAUCUUUUAUUCAUAUUAUUCAAACAAUUAUCUCUUCUAUUGAUCGAACAACGUUAUGGAAAUCAAAAGGGAAAGUGAGCGAGCAACAACAGCAACUUGCUCAAAUGGUAUGUCGAUUAUUUAAAUGUUUAUGUCAAAUAGAUGCUGAAUGUGCAGCAAGUGAUCAAAGUAAGAUGAUCAUAUGUUCAAUUCUUCAAUGGCUUCGAGAUGAUAUUGAUUUUCAUGUAACUAAAUCCAUUAGUCAAGAUUUACAUUUAGAAAUUUACUCAUGUAUUGAACAUUACUCUCUUAUUUGUAAAAAUCAAGAAGAUUUUCUCAAUGAAUUAUUUUCUACAUCAUCGAAAUAUAAAACACAUUCAUCAUCUAUUGGAUCUUGUUUUAGUUUUCGUCAUCAUCGAAAAACAUCAAUACAUGAAUCAUUAUCCAUUAUUGAUUAUAGUUGUCGACUUGUUAUCUAUCUUAUUGAAUCUUCAUUAGUUACUUCAUCAUUAUUAAUUAAUCAAAUUUUAACAUUCUUUUUAACAUAUGCUUCUAUUCCACGUUUUUCAAUUUAUCUUGUUAAUCAUACGGAUUUUUAUCAUUCAAUUAUUAUUCCAUUAUUAUCAACAAAAAAUAGUGAUCAUUUUAUACAAUGUAUUAUCGAUGAAACAGCUCGAUCACAAACAGAUUCAAAUGAUCGUGUUUUUGUUUUUACUCAUAUAAUUAAUUUACUGAGUGAAUUUGUUCUUCAUUCUGAAAUUGAAAUUCACAGUUGUGCGUUCGUUUCUACUUUUAAACAUCUAUUUGAUGCACUUAUCGAUUGUGGAACAACAGUUCCAUUAUGGUAUUUUGUUAAAUGUUUAAGUAAUUUAUUAACAAGUUCUAGUAAAGAAACAAAUCUUUUUUUACAAGAAAUGAAUCGUAUUAGUUUAAUUAAUUCUGUAACUAAUUAUACAUUUAAUCUUAUUCAAAAAUCAACACUUGGUGAUGGUAAAAUGGUUUUAAAACAAUUACAUAAUAAUGUUUUAAUAUCUUGUCUAUCAAUUCUUUAUAAUAUAUCAACAGUCGAUCAACAAAUACUAAAUAAAGAUUUAAUUAUAAAUAAAAUAUGUCGAUUACUUUUUAAAUCUGAUGUGCAACAGGUACGUCUUAUGUCAUGUUUACUUUAUUCAAAUAUUCUAACACAAAAAGAACUUGAAUCUGAUGAUUCAUGUCAUCAUCUAUGUGAACAAUUAUUUUCUUCAAUUAAUCAAGCAUUUAAAUGUCAUAAUUAUUAUUUAUAUAAUCAAAUAUCAUUAUUAACAUUAGUUAAUUGUUUAAAAAAAUUAUGUACACAUAAACAAUUUCAAAUACGUGCUGGAAAACAAGAUGAAAAUAUUGAUUUAUUAUUUCAAAUACUCCGUCAAUUUUCUUCAUUAUUAGAACAACAAGAAGAAAUUCAAAUUAUACUCGAAUCAAUAUGGUUUUUAUCAUUUGAAUAUUCAUGUGCAAAAAAAAUUCAUAGUCAUGAUAAAUAUUUUGCUUUAUUAGUUCAAUUAGGUGAAACAAAUCCAAAUGAAAUAAUACAACAAGCAGCAAAAGGAAUACUUUGGCAACUACGACAAACAAUGUCAAUAACUAAUAUAUCAAAUAAAUUAAUUAUUUCAGAACCAUCUCAACAUAUUAUGUUUAGUUAUAAUCAUGAUUCAAAAGAUUUAGUAAAUAAAAUUUGUCAAUAUCUUCGUAAUUCAGGUUAUCGAACUUGGAUGGAUACUGAUGAUAUGCAUGGAAGUACAUUAGAUUGUAUGGCGCAUGCUAUUGAACAAUCAUGUCUUAUAAUAAUGUGUAUGUCGGAAAAAUAUAAACAAUCACCGAAUUGUCAAAGUGAAGCAGAAUAUGCUUAUCGAUUAAAAAAGCCUUUUAUACCAAUAUUAUCACAAUCGAAAUAUAAACCAGAUGGAUGGUUAGGUAUACUUCUUGGUACAAAAUUAUAUAUUGAUUUUACUAAAAAUGAUUUUGAAUCGAAUUAUAAGAAACUAGUCAAAGAAAUUGAAGCAACAAAAAAAUAA